GGCUCACGGGCCAUUGGCUGAGCGGGGCGGAUCUGGUCCCGUUCCUCCCCGCCCCCAGUGACACAAUAGUAGCUCCCUCCAAGAUGGCGGCAGCGACGGCAGACCCGGGAGCUGGGAACCCGCAGCCUGGGGACUCCUCCGGCGGGGGCGCUGGGGGCGGGCUGCCGUCCCCUGGGGAGCAGGAGCUGAGCCGGCGCUUGCAGCGCCUGUAUCCCGCGGUCAACCAGCAAGAGACUCCGCUGCCGCGCUCCUGGAGCCCCAAGGACAAAUACAACUACAUUGGUCUCUCCCAGGGCAACCUCCGCGUCCACUACAAAGGUCAUGGCAAAAAUCACAAAGAUGCAGCCUCAGUGCGUGCCACCCACCCCAUACCUGCUGCCUGUGGCAUUUAUUACUUUGAAGUGAAGAUUGUCAGCAAAGGAAGAGAUGGUUACAUGGGAAUAGGACUCUCGGCUCAAGGCGUCAACAUGAACAGACUUCCUGGUUGGGACAAACAUUCCUAUGGUUACCAUGGUGAUGAUGGGCAUUCGUUCUGCUCCUCGGGGACUGGCCAGCCCUAUGGUCCCACAUUCACCACAGGAGACGUGAUCGGCUGCUGUGUCAACCUCAUCAAUGGCACCUGCUUCUACACCAAGAAUGGCCACAGCCUUGGUAUAGCCUUCACAGACCUCCCGGCCAACCUCUACCCCACCGUAGGCCUGCAGACACCUGGGGAGAUUGUGGACGCCAACUUUGGGCAGCAGCCCUUCCUGUUUGACAUUGAGGACUACAUGCGGGAGUGGCGUGCCAAGGUCCAGGGCACGGUCCACUGCUUCCCCAUCAGUGCCCGGCUUGGCGAGUGGCAGGCAGUGCUGCAGAACAUGGUUUCAUCUUACCUCGUGCAUCAUGGGUAUUGUGCCACAGCCACGGCUUUUGCUCGAAUGACUGAAACCCCGAUUCAGGAAGAACAGGCAUCCAUAAAGAACAGACAAAAGAUCCAGAAGCUGGUGCUGGAGGGCCGUGUGGGCGAGGCCAUCGAGACCACCCAGCGCUUCUACCCAGGGCUGCUGGAGCACAACCCCAACCUCCUCUUCAUGCUCAAGUGCCGGCAGUUUGUGGAGAUGGUGAAUGGGACGGACAGUGAGGUCCGAAGUUUGAGCUCCCGAAGCCCCAAGUCCCAGGACAGCUACCCUGGCUCCCCCAGCCUCAGUCCCCGACAUGGCCCCAGUAGUUCCCACAUGCACAACACAGGAGCAGACAGUCCCAGCUGUAGCAAUGGCGUCGCGUCCACCAAGAGCAAACAGAACCACAGUAAAUACCCUGCACCCAGCUCCUCAUCCUCGUCCUCCUCCUCCUCCUCCUCCUCUUCCCCAUCCUCCGUCAAUUACUCCGAGUCCAACUCAACAGACUCCACCAAGUCCCAGCACCACAGCAGUACCAGUAACCAGGAGACCAGCAACCCAUGGCUACAGCUUGAAAGGAGGCCCAACCAGGCUGCUCCAACCACACCCCCUGGGCCAACUCCCACCUCAACCCCUCCCCACAGCGACAGUGAGAUGGAGAUGGAGGCAGAGCACUACCCCAACGGUGUGCUAGGAAGCAUGUCCACACGCAUUGUUAAUGGUGCCUACAAGCAUGAGGACCUGCAGACGGAUGAGUCCAGCAUGGAUGACGGGCAUCCUCGGCGGCAGCUCUGCGGGGGCAACCAGGCUGCCACAGAAAGGAUCAUUCUGUUUGGCCGCGAGUUGCAGGCAUUGAGUGAGCAGUUGGGCCGGGAGUACGGCAAGAAUUUGGCCCACACAGAGAUGCUGCAGGAUGCCUUCAGCCUGCUGGCAUACUCAGACCCCUGGAGCUGCCCAGUUGGCCAGCAGCUUGACCCCAUCCAGAGGGAACCUGUGUGUGCUGCCCUCAACAGCGCCAUUUUAGAGUCCCAGAACCUGCCAAAGCAGCCUCCUCUGAUGCUCGCCCUGGGCCAGGCAUCUGAGUGUCUCCGGCUCAUGGCCCGAGCAGGCCUGGGUUCUUGCUCCUUUGCCAGAGUUGAUGACUACUUGCACUAGCUGACCGUGCUGGCUGGCUCUGGCUGGCCCUCCACUGGCCCCAGAGCUGGAGCUGCCCUGCCCUCCAUAGGCAACUGGUGCAGGGACCGGGAAACCAUGGACAGAGUCCACUCCUCCUGCCUGGCCUUUCCUCCUCUCCCUUUCCUUCCUUCCUUCCUUUCUCUGCCCACCACCCCGCUCAGUCUCUCUCUCUCCCCUUCACGUGCAGCGGCCUGUGACACAGUAUUGGCUGGUUACUCUCAUGUAGCGCCUUCUAUUUUGAAAGGGGGGUUUUGUUUUGAGGAGGGGUUGGGGUUUUUAAAUUUUUUUCUCCUGACUGAGCCACCAGUAUUUAUCUCUGGAGAGUUUGUGCUGAGCUGGUUUCUGCUAAUUUAGUGAUGAAGCCUAUCCAAGUUGGUGAUAGCUUAUUAUUUUCAUAAGUAAAAAACAAAUGAGAUUAUAUAUAUAUAUAUAUAAAUAUAUAUAUUAAAAAAAAAGACAGUAUUUAUCGUAGCAUUAGUGGUCCAGCACCUCUUGGGUGAGGCUGUCCAGGCACCAUGUUUUCUUUGAGUCCAACUCAUUAAAAAAGAAGAAUCUCUGUCACCUCAGCCAAGUGAUUUAUUUUUUGUUCCCCCUUUUUUGAGUCACAGGCCGAGCUGCAGCCUAGGAAACCCAAAUAGGGUUUGGUGGGCCACUUAGUGGGCAUGGUUACAUUGGUUUAUAGCACCCCAAGAACUAUAGAUCCCUAGGCCCCUGAGAGCUGGACAGAGCAGAGAACUACAGGGCCAAGGGUCCAGAGAAGUGAUAACUUGGCCCAGGGCCACACAGCAGAGGUAGAGGGUCCUUGGCCAGCACACUAUCUACCACUCUACCCCACCUCCCACUGCCUGCCUUGCUCCCCUUUCCUCCCUUUUCAAUACCCUAUCUUCCGUUGUUGUUAAGAUGGCCAAAUAAUACAUUUACUCUAAAUUGAUUGCCUGGAAACUACCUGCCUUCGUCCUGAGAGCUUCUGUGUGUCAGGCUGCUGGAAAGAAGACUCCAUUCCCAGGACAGAGGCCCUUGAGUACAGGGGCUGCUUUCUUCCUGCCUGGAUCUUCACCAUCUCUACACAGCUCUGAGAGAAUGGAUGCUUUCUGUUGAGAAACCAGUACCUUGUGGAGGCAGGUUCUUGGGCUGCUACUCCAGGGAGUGGAUGGAAUCCUUGGUCCCCUAGGCCAGACUUCACUGCCACUGUGCCAGACAGCUCCCUGCAGCUGGGCCCUAGCCACUCUUAGGAAAGACUGUUGGGAGUAUUUGCUGGCCAGAGAAUGGGACUCCAUCAGCUUUACACAUGUCCCACCAGCUGUUUCAGAUAGAUCCUUACAGCUGGCAGAGUAAAGUGGUCCCGCUACCAUUGGGGAAUCAGGAAAGGAAAGACUGAGAUGGUUGCCAGGACUUGGGGUGGCCCACCUGUGGAGAGGACUGGCUGCCCUGGAGGAGGAAAGGGAGGAAGUCUACACAGAGGAGCACCAGGACGGCUGGAAUUUCCAUAUGUGCUUCACAUUGUGAGGGGAGUGCACAAGCCACCCAUGCAAAGAGUAGGGUCAGCCAUGGCAAGGCCGGAAGUUGAACUUUCAGUCCCUGCCUGAAUCUGGGCUGUGCAAGCUCCUGCUCCAUAUUCGUGGACAUGGGAAUGGUUGGUGUGGCCUGAGAUACCCAUCGCUCACCAGGCCUCACUGGGCCCACAGCUGGGCAACAAGAAAAAUGUUUGAAUUGGACCAACUGCUGGUGAUGGGGCCAGGGCCCUGGGCCCUGUGCUGUCAGAAUUCCGCCUUGGGAAAUGAUCCUAUAGCUGCUGCUUUUUCUUGGUCCUUGGGGCUGGCAGACCCAUAGACCAUGGCCUGUUAGGAGGCGUCCUGUCUGUAAAGGAAAUUCAUCUCUUGUGACAGCCUGGGGCUACCUAGCUCCCAAAGCCAGAAGUUGGAGACAUCAGGCUGUUUAAAUGAUCAUAGCCUAGCAGGAUUGGAUUAAAACCACAGGCUUUUGCAGCUGGAAUGGGGUUCAGUGAACAUCUCCCCCAUUCCUCUCUUGCUACAAAUAAGGAAACAGGCCCAGGAGAUUAAGUGACUUGGCUAAAGUCACAUAGCAAAUUAGUAGCAGAGCCGGGACUAUCCCUUAUCCCUGUGGGUUGGGCAACACUAUUUAGUCCUGAAACCGAAUGGCAGAUAAACCCCAUGAGGGGUCAGGCUGAUGUGCCCUCCAGCAGUAUCUGAGAAGCUGCUACCUUCAGGGGUGUGUCAGGGAUGAGGAUGGGUGCCUGAGCUUAGGUUGUGGAGUGGCUGAGAGGGCCCAGGAGGGCUCGGGACAGCUGUGUGCUGCAUGGGGUUGGGUGUCUGCCUGGCUCGCACUUGGUACCCGUGGCCACCUCCCCAUUUUCUGUGCCUUAUCUCACUGUUUCAGCUGAGUCCAAGUUGUUUACUCUGUUCCUCUCCAGAGGGGCUCUCUGUCCCAGUUGGGCAGCUCACCUUUGGGACAUAAGCCUUUGCCCCACAAGCUGUGGAGAGGGCCAAAACCAAGCUGCUUGAGCCCACUCUCUUGCUGAGAGUCCAGGCCUGCCUGCCUGCCAGCCAGAGGUGCCCCUUAUACACAUCCAGUCCUACCAGCCUGCUUCCAGGAGCCUAGAGUGGGAAAGGCACCUGGGGGAGCCCUGGUGAAGGGCUGGACCUGACCCAUGGAGGCAGGAGGAAGACCUGGCUUUCUUGGUUUGUCCAGCCCUGGGGAGCAGCCUUCCCUACUCACUUUCCCCUUGCGGCACCAAAUGGUCACUCCUUCCAGAGCAAAAACUGGCACUCAUAGCAAGCCAGAACCCCCAUCCCCAUCCUCAUGGGUCUGUGGCUGGGUGCAGGCCAUCAAAAUGGACACCACGAGACAGAAGUGGGGACUGCCUGGCCACCUAGCGCCUUCCCACUCCUUAAGCAAGCACAAAGAAGAUGAGGCAGAGAAUUGUCAGAGCUGAAAGUUCCUUUGGUUGCUCACAACUCAGGUAUGCACCCAUGUGGCAGCCAGGCAGCGGAGCCCUACUAGACUGCCAGUCUCAUGCACCCAGACCUGUGGCCAGAUUGUGGCCUCUGGCUGCCUCAGGCAUUUUCCUCUUUGCAUUGGGUUUUCCUGCGUUAGUAACUACAGCUGAAACAGACAUCCUCCACAUUGUGCACACUGGUUUUGCCUUUGUCCUCAAGAGUUGAUACUUGGCAUUAGCAUGAAACUUGUGGGUGUGGGAGGAUGGAGAGAGAACUCUAACACAAAACAUCUUAUUAAAAUUGUACUUGAGAGACAAAAAAAACUCUGUUGUAUUUUGACAGAAUUAUUUUUAUUAAAAUACACAUCCAUGAGCA